AUGAGGAUAUCCAUCACCAUCGUUUUCGCCCUUCUCUUGUCCCUCACAGUGGCAUUACCCCAGCUGUCCGAAAUCAAGACUGGUGCCCGGAUCGCUCAAAGAUCUACCAGUAGCGCUUCCGACAAUCCCAGCACAUCCACAACGACAAGCUUGCUUUACCACACAAGACCACAAGUAAAGCAACCCUUCGAUGACACGACCCCGGUCGUCACAGUUCGAUUCACCAGAACAGUCACAGACACGAUCCCUAGCGAGUAUACCGUUCACGUCACCAAGACUUUUACGACUACUAUCUGGGAAACUGCUGAUUCCGUCUCUACUACUACAAUUCAAAUCCAAUAUGGUAGUUCACCUUCCUGGGGAGGUGUUAUCUUUGGGAAUAGCAGUUCUACUCGAAUCCAAUAUGAAGGCUCUUCCUCAUCUCUUGCGAGUCUUCUUUCCGAAGGCAGCAACACCACUCAGCAAGACGUUAUCAGCAGUCCCGAAACAGUGACGAGCACGAGUAGUUGCCCGUCGAUAACUAGCUCGGAUUCUACAUUACGGAGCACGACUAAUGAAGUCAUCAUGAGCACUCAAAGCCCCGCUGUCGUGAUGAGCUCGAGCACAAGCUCAUCGAUUAGUACCAGUUCUAUCCCUGAGACCGCGAAAACUAGCCCCUCAAUUGCCAGCCACGUCCAAAACAAUAUGGGUCAGACCUUGAGCGUCAAUGUUGGCUAUCCUCCAGUCGUCACUCCGUUUCUGCCUCCAGCUUGA